AUGGGAUUGGCCAAUGGCUCGGGUUCGGGCCCUGGCCCGACCCGGAUCUCGAUCCUGGGUAAGGACGACAUUGUUGUCGACCACGGCAUCUGGCUCGACUUUGUGACUCACGAUCUCCUUACGAAUCUCGAGACGUCGACCUACGUUCUCAUCACCGAUACAAACCUCUACGACAUCUAUGUCCCGCCCUUCCAGAAAGCAUUCAACACUGCUGCACCCACCUCGACAAGGCUCCUCACCUACGCCAUCCCGCCCGGGGAAGGGUCCAAGAGCCGCCAGACUAAAGCGAGCAUUGAAGACUGGAUGCUGUCGCAGAAAUGCACAAGAGAUACUGUCAUCAUUGCCCUCGGUGGCGGUGUCAUUGGCGACAUGAUCGGCUAUGUUGCUGCCACCUUCAUGCGAGGGGUUCGCUUCGUCCAGGUGCCUACCACUCUGCUGUCUAUGGUUGACUCAUCCAUUGGCGGCAAAACUGCCAUCGAUACUCCCAUGGGCAAGAACCUUAUUGGCGCCUUCUGGCAACCAUUCCGCAUCUAUAUCGACCUGGCCUUCCUCGAGACCCUGCCAACUCGAGAAUUUAUCAAUGGCAUGGCGGAGGUUGUGAAGACGGCCGCCAUCUGGGAUGAGGAUGAGUUCACGACUCUCGAAUCCAAUGCGCCCGCCAUUCUCGCUGCCGUAAAGUCCCAGGGCUCUCAGAGACUCUCCCCUAUCCGAGACAUUCUUAAACGAAUCGUGCUGGGCUCUGCUCGCGUCAAGGCCCAGGUUGUCUCGAGUGACGAAAGAGAAGGCGGUCUAAGGAACCUGCUCAACUUUGGCCACUCCAUCGGCCACGCAUACGAAGCCCUCCUGACCCCUCAACUUCUCCACGGCGAGGCAGUUGCAAUUGGCAUGGUCAAGGAGGCGGAAUUGGCCCGCUACCUUGGCGUUCUCCGGCCUGGCGCUGUAGCCCGACUCGUCAAAUGCAUCGCAAGCUAUGAGUUGCCCACCUCCGUACAUGACAAGAAGGUUGUCGAGUUAACGGCAGGCAAGAAGUGUCCGGUUGAUGUAUUGCUGGAGAAGAUGGCUGUCGACAAGAAGAACGACGGAGCCAAGAAGAAAAUUGUGCUACUUUCGGCCAUUGGAAAGACGCAUGAGCAAAAGGCCAGCAUCGUCGAAGAUCGCGCAAUCAGGGUAGUUCUCUCUCCGGCAACGCAAGUGAUUCCUGGUGUGCCAAAGUCACACGUCACUACAGUCAUACCUCCCGGCUCCAAGAGUAUCUCGAACCGUGCCCUUGUUCUUGCAGCCCUUGGCCAGGGAACCUGCCGCAUCACGAACCUGCUGCAUUCCGAUGACACCGAGUACAUGCUCUCAGCAAUUGCUCAACUGGGCGGUGCGACCUAUGCCUGGGAAGAAGCUGGAGAGGUCCUGGCCGUUCAAGGCAAGGGUGGCAAGCUCAGUGCAAGCAAGGAGGCGCUGUACCUGGGCAACGCUGGGACUGCUUCUCGGUUCUUGACAACCGUGGUUGCUCUCUGCGCCCCAUCUGCCGUCUCUUCAACAGUGCUUACAGGAAACGCCCGUAUGAAGGUCCGGCCUAUUGGACCUCUGGUUGACGCGCUCAGGGCCAAUGGGUUGGGUAUCAAGUACCUGGGCCAGGAGAAGAGUCUCCCUCUUCAAGUAGACGCUGCUGAUGGCUUCGAGGGCGGAGUCAUUGAACUGUCCGCUACCAUUUCCUCUCAGUAUGUCUCGUCCAUUCUUAUGGCUGCGCCGUACGCAAAGAAACCCGUCACCCUGCGUCUUGUUGGCGGAAAGCCCAUUUCCCAAUUCUACAUCGACAUGACCAUAGCCAUGAUGUCCACUUUCGGCGUCAAUGUAACGAAAUCAACGGAGGAGCCCAACACGUACCAUAUCCCCAAGGCCAUCUACCAAAACCCCCCGAAGUCGCUCCAAGGCGAUUCUCGAUUCGCCGUCGACGUGCUGAGACCCAUGGGCUGCAUCGUUGAGCAAACAGGUACAUCGACCACUGUUACCGGGCCGGCCAUUGGCAGCCUGAAGGCCAUUGAGCACGUUGAUAUGGAACCCAUGACAGAUGCCUUCCUGACGGCGUCCGUCCUUGCAGCUGUCGCAUCGGGGACUACAAAGAUCAGUGGUAUCGCCAACCAGCGAGUCAAGGAGUGCAACCGUAUCGGAGCCAUGCGCGAGCAACUGGCAAAGUUUGGCGUUGAUACGGAUGAGUUUGACGACGGCAUCGUUGUUACCGGACGUUCUGUUCAAAGCCUCCAAGAGCCCGCUGACAGCAUAUUUUGCUACGACGAUCACCGCGUUGCCAUGAGCUUCAGUGUCCUCUCAGUCGUGUCACCAAAGCCCGUGACAAUACUCGAAAGGGAAUGUACUGGCAAGACAUGGCCGGGUUGGUGGGAUACCUUGUCCCAGUCCUUCAACGUUGAUCUGGACGGUGUUGACCAGCAUCCCAAGACGGCGGCGAUAGGACCUUCCACAAAGAGUCGGAAGGACAAGUCUGUCUUCAUCAUUGGCAUGCGUGGUGCGGGUAAGACAACCGCUGGUCGGUGGAUGGCCAACACGCUAAAGAGACCGUUCAUUGAUCUGGACGAGGAGCUAGAGAGACGGGCUGGGAUGACAAUUCCUGAGAUGAUUAGAGGCUCCAAAGGCUGGGUCGGCUUCAGAAAUGACGAGCUUGAGCUCCUCCGGGAUGUCUUGGAAAAACAGAGCCAUGGCUACAUUUUCUCGUGCGGUGGUGGCAUUGUCGAGACACCCGAAGCUCGGAAACUACUCAUCGCUCACUGUCACAAUGACGGAACCGUGUUGUUGGUCCACCGCAAUACCAAAGAGGUCGUUGACUACCUUCUCCAGGACAAGUCAAGACCAGCCUACAGGGAGGACAUUGAGGGUGUUUACUACCGCCGGAAGCCAUUCUUCGAGGAAUGCAGCAACUUCGAGUACUUUAGCCCUCACCCACCUGGUACUCUGGCCACGCGGGACCCACCGUUGGACUUCCGGCGCUUUGUCAACGCCUUGUGCGGAGAGCAAGUACAGGUAAAGAAAGCGCUGGCGAAGGAUCCCAGCUUCUUCGUUUCCCUCACAGUACCUGAAGUUGCUUCAGCUCUGACUCUGAUACCGGCCGUUGUCGUUGGGUCAGAUGCGGUAGAGCUUCGCGUGGAUUUGCUGCAAGACUACUCGGAAGAGUCGGUGGCGCACCAAGUUGCGCUGCUCCGUUCUGUCGCUGACGUGCCCAUCAUCUUCACCUUGCGCACGAAAGCCCAGGGUGGCAGAUUCCCAGACGACGCCUACGACCAAGGUCUUGGACUUUAUCAGAAGGCCAUCCGCAUGGGCGUUGAGUUCAUCGACGUUGAGAUGACACUUCCGGAACAAGUCAUCCGAGCAGUCGUGGAGAACAAGGGGCCGUGUCGCAUCAUUGCUUCUCACCACGACCCUCAGGGUAAACUGUCGUGGAAGAAUGGUUCCUGGAUCCCAUUCUAUAACAAGGCCCUCCAAUGGGGUGAUGUGAUCAAGCUGGUUGGUGUUGCGCAGCAAAUUGAGGAUAACUACGACUUGGCGCAGUUCAAGUCCGAAAUGUUUUCCUCACACAAGACCCCCAUCAUUGCCCUCAACAUGGGUACUGCCGGCAAGCUCAGCCGUGUGCUUAACGGCUGCCUCACUCCGGUCUCUCAUCCAGCUCUACCGUUCAAGGCGGCUCCAGGGCAGUUGUCCGCGGCUGAGAUCCGGCAGGCUAUGGCGCUGCUAGGUGGCAUUAGCCCUCAGUCCUUCUAUCUCUUCGGCAAGCCCAUCUCGGCGUCAAGGUCACCGGCACUGCACAACACCCUUUUCGCGCUGGCCGGCUUGCCGCACUUUUACUCGCGAAAGGAGACGGAUAACGCUGCUGACGUACGCGAAGCUAUCCGUGCGCCUGAUUUCGGCGGUGCAUCCGUCACUAUCCCGCUGAAGCUGGAUAUCAUGAAAGAAAUUGAUGAAGUCUCAGAAGCCGCUCGUAUCAUUGGGGCCGUCAACACCAUCAUUCCCAUUAGGAAUGCUGGGGACAGCACUGCUAAGCUCGUCGGUGAUAAUACUGACUGGUCAGGCAUGGUACACUCUCUUCAGUCCGCAGGAGUUGCAUCUCGCUCCACUACCGGCGCCCAGUGCGCUGCAAUGGUCAUCGGCUCAGGUGGAACUACAAGAGCCGCCAUCUUUGCCCUUCAUGCGCUGGGCUUCGGGCCCAUUUACGCCUUGGCGCGCAACAGCGGUAACUUGGAGACUCUGAAGGCCUCCUUCCCUCCCGAGUAUCGCAUCGAAGCUCUCAAGAGCGCCAGCGAGGCAUCUGCCCUGACAUCCUCACCUACCGUCAUUGUCAGCACGAUUCCUGCAGACAAGCCGGUCGAUCCCUCGCUUCGGGAGACUUUGGUGGCGGUGUUGGGCCAUGGGCCGGCUGCCGAGGAGAAACGCGUCCUUCUUGAGAUGGCCUAUCAGCCUCGCCACACCCCUUUGAUGCAACUCGCUGAGGAGGCCGGAUGGGAAACUAUCCCUGGGCUGGAAGUGCUCUCUGCCCAGGGCUGGUACCAGAAAUGGACCGACAUCAUUCCCCUCUACCAAACGGCUCGAGCGGCCGUACUGGGCGAGGAGGCCAUGGAAGCCAGCGGCGGCAAGGCAUGA